AUGGAGUGGAAGGGGCGGCACGGAAGGGGUGGGGUGUCUCAGGGGAUAGGAGGGAACGGAAUGGAAGGGGCGGGAACACCCCUCACCGACCGGGUCCGGAUAGCGGGAGUGGCGCCAGAGGAGGCGGGAAGAAGUGGUGCCAUGCCGGGGUACCCCCGGGCCUGCCGGCUCCGCGACCUCCUGCUCACGGCGCUGGGCACGGGCGCCUUUCUGCUGGAUCUAGGCGCAGACCUGUGGGCCGCGGGCCAGUACGCCCUGCAGGGCCGCUUAGUGUGGACCGCGCUGCAGCUGGCUUCGCUGGGCCUCGCCUCUGCUGUCUUGCAGCUCUUCAGCUGGUCCUGGUACCGUGGAGACCCGGCCGGCUUGCACCCGGGCCCGUCCCCAGGCCGCUGGUUGGCGUUGCUGCACUUUCUGCACUUGGGCUACCUGCACAGGUGUGUCCGGGCCCUGAGAGUGGGAUUCUCCCUGUGGAGGCAGGACGAGCCGGCCGAGUUUGACCUCGACUAUGCCAACUUCAUUUCCAUGGACAUCAGCAUGCUGCGGCUCUUCGAGACCUUCCUGGAGGCCACGCCGCAGCUCAUCUUGGUGCUCCACAUUAGCCUGUGUACGGGCAGAGUGGAACCCUUCCAGUGGCUGGGCAUGGGCACCUCGUUCCUCUGCACCGCGUGGGCCCUGCUGGACUACCACCGGGCGCUCAGGAGCUGCCUCCCCACCAAGCCGCCCCUGGGUUACGUGUCGUCCGUGGUCUAUUUCCUCUGGAACCUGCUCCUGCUGUGCCCGCGCAUCCUGGCCCUGGCCCUCUUCACCACCGUCUUCCCCAGGUACGUGGUGGGCCACUUCCUGACUCUCUGGCUCGUCUUGCUCCUCUGGGUUUGGCUGCAGAACACGGACUUCAUGCCGGGCCCCACGUCCGAGUGGUUGUUCCGAGGCACCGUGGCCCUCAUCCUCUACUUCUCCUGGUUUAACGUGUCUGAGGGGAGGACUCGAAACCGCAGCAUCAUCCAUUCCAGCUUCCUCCUGAUGGACAGCGCCCUCCUGGGGGGCACGUGGCUGGCGCACAACGCCCCAUUUCUGGGCCCCUCCCCAUUGCCGUGGCUGCUGCCUGGGGCCGGGCUCUGCUUCCUGCUGGGCCUGGCGCUCCGCGGCGUCUACUACCAGUGGCUGCACCCCAGCCGCCAAGCGGCAGCUUUAGACGAGGGGGAUGGGGACGGGCGAGGCCUGACCCUCCAGGACUGGCACCCAAACCGGCGAAUAGCCAAACUGGCUCAGAGCUUCUUCCCCAGAGCUGUCCCUGCCAAGAGUAGGGGAGUGAAUGGCAUCCUCUGAGCUGGGACCAAGCUGGGAGGCAGGAGAUGCUCCCGCCUGCUGCACCCAGGAAGGCAAACUGUCAGUGUCACCCCAAAGUGCCUUGGGAGCCUCCUGUCACACCACCACGCCACUCCUCUCCUGGAGGACUUUUGUUUUUUAAGAAGGAAACACUUUUUCUUUAUCCCUCUGUCUCAGUCAGGGUGGGGGGAAGAGGUGCUGCUUAAGUCCGGGGGGGGAGUUUGACUCAUUUUGCACAGUGCUGAGAUUUAUUAAAACCUUUCAAAUGUG